ACUCUGUGCUCUGUGCUGCUGCACCCGUAAGGAACUGCCGCCUGUUCUGCUCAUAUUCACCGCCGAUCCCACUGGUUCAUCCCCUCGACCCGUAAACAUAGCAUAGCACUCGCAAUCAUGGCGAGGACAGGCUUCUUUCACCAUAUCGGUACCUUCCUGCUCUUCUCGGCCACCAUCCUCCUCAUCAUCACAUGUAUAUCGGCACCUGUCGUUCACAAUCUCUCGCUGCUCAAGGUCGACCUGGGCGACAGCAGCAACGCCAACACCCGGUCGACCGUGACGUUUGGCACCUUUGGCUUCUGCCACAACAAUGUGGCCGGCGGCGGCAGCGAUGACUGCUCCGACCCGCACGUCGGCUACUCGCCCGCGGCGGUGAUGCAGGCGAUCGACGGCACCGACUUCUCGACGUACGCGACCGACACGACGCGGACGCUGACGAAGGCCAUGAUCCUGCACCCGAUCGCGUGCGGCAUCGACUUCCUCGCCUUCCUGCUCGCGCUCGGCGCCGGCGUGCUGGGCUCCUUCCUGGCCGCGCUCGUCGCCCUCGUCGCCUUCCUGGCCACCGCCGUCGCCUGCGUCAUCGACUUCGUCCUCUUCAGCAUCGUCCGCUCCAACGUCAACGACCGCGGCCAGACCACCGGCGCGAACGCCCGCUACGGCCCCGCCGCUUGGACCACCCUCGUCGCCGCCGUCUGCUCGCUGCUCGGCGCCGUCGUCGUGUUCUUUACAUGCUGCUCGGCCAGGCUGCACCGGUCGAGGACGGCGGGGGGCAAGGGCGAUUAUGCUGCGCCGGCGAGGAGGAGGUGGGGUUGGUAAGGGGCAAGGGGUAAGGGGUAGUUAAGGGGUAAAGGGAGUCUGGCCCCCGCCGUUGGAGCGGUCGGUUGACUGCGGAGAUGCCAGACCGUGUGUCUGUGCAGCGGAUAUGAUUUGAUGAGCGGCAUGUGGGCAUGUGUUCUGGACUGACGAGAUACCACGCCUGAUACCAUGGCAUCCUUGCUAUGUAAUUUGUUUACGUUCCUGGUCUGUAUGAAAAUUAUGAUUUAUGGACUUAUC